CGCAGGCGGAGCGCGAUGCGGUUGGUGGGUUGCCGGCCACGUGGACAGAAGUGAGGGCAGAGGAAGCUCGCCGUCCGCCCGGAGCCAGGAUGGCGGUGUGCAUUGCGGUGAUCGCCAAGGAGAACUACCCGCUCUACAUCAAGAGCAUCCCCACCGAGAACGAGCUGAAGUUCCACUACACGGUGCACACCUCGCUGGACGUGGUGGACGAGAAGGUCUCGGCGCUGGGGAAGGCGCUGGUGGACCAGCGGGAGCUCUACCUCGGCCUCCUCUACCCCACCGAGGACUACAAGGUCUAUGGCUACGUGACCAAUUCCAAAGUCAAGUUUGUGAUGGUGGUGGAUUCAUCCAACACGGCCCUCCGAGACAAUGAAAUCCGUAGUAUGUUCAGGAAAUUGCAUAAUUCGUAUACAGAUGUCAUGUGCAACCCCUUUUACAAUCCUGGAGACCAAAUCCAAUCUAGGGCCUUUGAUAACAUGGUGAUGUCCAUGAUGGUUCAGGUUUGCUGAAGGUCCUGCCUCUUCUGCCAGCUCCUUAGACUGAGAAGACCUACCCUGCACUGAGUUAUUUCAUGUUCUUCUGUCCUUUGCUGCUAUAUCCUUACAAUAAACUCCUUUGCUCAGUC